UUGACGUUUCUGUCUGUAGCAAAAGUUUUGGACAGAGCAAGACCGGCAUCUCGCUUGCAAUUUUUGUAAUUGACUCUGAUGCAUCUCGAAAUGAUUCUGAUAUUUCGAUUUAAGUGAAAUACGUGCAUAUCGUACAUCGUUUUUAAAAUAGCAACAAUCAACAAUAAACCAGCAGCGGAUUUUCGAAGUCAGCAACAAUGACCGGAGGCGGAUUUUCGACCACAAAGGUGGUUCAAAUAACAAACAUCGCCCCACAAUCUACGAAGGAUCAGAUGAUGUCACUCUUCGGAAGCAUUGGCAAAAUUGAUGAAAUUCGUUUAUAUCCAACGAUUCGUGACGUUUCGUGUCCCGUAUUCUCGCGUGUUUGUUACAUAAAAUUUAUGGAAGCAUCAAGCGUUGUCAUCGCCCAACAUUUAACCAAUACGGUGUUCAUCGAUCGAGCACUAAUUGUUUCCCCGGUACUGUCGAUACCGGAUGAAUUUAAGGCACUGGAAAUGACAAACAAUGGAAAUUCAGUUCCUGGCACUUGGAGCGAUUCGGAUGCGAGUCUACCGGCCGAGGUUGUGAAUCGAAUCGAUGGUGUUCAUCCCAACCAGGUGAUAAGAACAGUUGAUCCGAAAUUGGUCGAACACAAUUUGCCGGAGUAUCCGCCAUUACCUGUAAACGCGAAGAAAAUUGAAGAAAUUCGUCGAACCAUCAUCGUUUUGGACGUGCGUUCCGAUUGGCACUUGGAUGACCUAAUGGAUCAUUUUGCAUUGGCUGGUGAGAUAAAGUAUGCCACGCGGGCUGAUAAGGGACGGGAUCGAUUCGUUAUGAUUGAGUUUUGUGAGCAGAAGAGUGUUAUUGCCGCUCUGAUGAUGCAAGGGACAGAGUACAAAGGCGAUCUGUUGAAUGUGUAUCAUUCUACUCAGGCAAUAAAUAAGCCUGAAGCAAAGAGCAACGAGGCUGCGCAACGGGAGAUCGAAGAAGCAAUGUCAAUCGUAAAAGAAGCCCAAAACAUGAUUUCAGCCGCAAUCGAUCCAGUUAUUGGAAUGUUGUCAAAGGACAAGAGUUCGUCAUCACGGCGAACAAGAUCUAGAUCACGUGGCACAAGCAGCAGACGUUCAAGGAGCAGACGUUCAAGGAGUAGGCGCUCCAGAAGCAAGCGCUCAAGAAGCAGACGUUCAAGGAGCAAAGGUUCCAGGAGCAAGCGUGAGCGAAAUCGUUCUAGAUCAUCCAGGAAACGUUCGCCAAAGCGGUCACGCUCACGGAGCAAACGUUCCCGCUCACCUAAGGAUUCUCGUUCCCGAAGUAAACGUUCACGCUCACCGAAAGAUCGUCGUAAACGAUCCCGUUCUCGUCAAAAGUCAUCUUCCCGUGACCAUCGAAAGAACUCGUUACGCGAAGAAAGAUCCUCUCGACGCUCUCGAUCUCCAUCUCGCGGCUCACGCGACCAUCACAGGUCUCGCAAACAGGACCGUCAUCGCAGAUCACGCUCUCGCAGCAAGCAUCGUCGUUCACAUUCAAAAAGUCGUUCGAGUCGACCGAAGGAAUCAUCAAGAUCAUCGAAACGACGCAGCCGUACACCGGAACGAUCGUCUAAGCUGCGUCGCGUGUCCGAGGAACGAGUGACACGGGACUAUGAUGAGGAAGAAAAAAUUGGGAUGGAAUUGGACGAGAGUUUCCGACCACCGGAACCACCGCCGGAAAAGUCAACGAGUCCCGAGAAGUCGGACAAUAUGGACAUCUCUAAUUCUCCGUGAUAGCACGGAAUUCGAAUCGCUUGGUCGGGUGUUGUGUCACUAUUUUUGUGAAAAUAAAGAAUUGUUUCAUUCAGCUACUCUAA